CGACCCCAUCGUCACACCUUAUAAAGCCACGGCCGUCCUUAACUUCCUCACUUUCUAAGUAUCGAACAUCCAUCAUGACCACCUCACUUGACGCCCUCAAAGCAACUGGCACCGUCGUCGUCUCAGACUCCGGUGACUUCGAGAGCAUUGACGUUUACAAGCCCCAGGAUGCCACCACCAACCCCUCGUUGAUCUUGGCCGCAGCGAACAAGCCCGGCUACGCCCGACUGAUCGACAAUGCGGUCAAGGCGGCGAAGGAGAAGGGCGGCUCCCAUGAGGAGCAGGCCAACUUCGCGAUCGACCGCCUUCUUGUCGAGUUCGGCAAGGAGAUCCUCAACAUCAUCCCCGGUCGUGUCUCGACCGAGGUCGACGCCCGCUUGUCCUUCGACAAGGAGGGCACCAAGAAGAAGGCCAAGGAGCUCAUCGCUCUCUACGAGUCCCUCGGCAUCAAGAAGGAGCGCAUCCUCAUCAAGAUCGCGUCUACCUGGGAGGGUAUCCAGGCAGCUCGGGAGCUUGAACGCGACGACGGCAUCCAUUGCAAUCUCACGCUGCUCUUCGGCUUCGCACAGGCUGUAGCGUGCGCAGAGGCCGGUGUGACCCUCAUCUCGCCCUUCGUCGGCCGUAUCCUUGACUGGUACAAGAAGAACAAGCCAGGCCCCAACUACGAGGGCGAGAACGAUCCGGGUGUGCAAUCCGUGCAGAAGAUCUUCAACUACUACAAGCAGCAUGGUUACAAGACAAUCGUCAUGGGUGCCUCUUUCCGUAACAUCGGCGAGAUCAAGGCCUUGGCCGGUGUUGACUUCCUCACCAUCUCGCCCUCGCUCCUCGAGGAGCUCAAGAACUCGACCGACCCCGUGCCCAAGAAGCUCGACUCGCAAAACGCGAACCUCGUCCCGCUCCCCAAGGUCACAUUCGUCGACAACGAGCCCGACUUCCGAUGGGAGCUCCUCCAGGACCAGAUGGCGUUCGACAAGCUUCAUGAGGGCAUCAAGAAGUUCGCCGAGGACGGCCAGACGCUCAAGGAUCUUCUCGUCAAGAAGCUCUCGGCUUGAACGCGUUCUCGGUCGCCUUGUGCCGUGACAGCGGUUUUUCGGGGAUGUCGCGUUCUGAAUAUAGACAAGAAAAUGUACUACAGUCAAGAUCCUAUGGCAUCUUUGUAUAAUGGUCACACGUGAUAUGAUCGCAAUCGUUAAG